UUGUAAAGUGACGUAUUUCCGGGUGCGCUGGUGCUACACGUGGAUCAGUAGGAAUUGGGACCCCCGGAGUAAACGAUUGUUUUCUACCUAAAAUUAUCUUAUUUUAAUUGUCCUAAAUACCUCGCCAACAUGGUGAAACCACAGUUUAAAGGGAAAUGUUCAAUAAAUCCUUCAUCGUCCAGUAGCAAUCCAGACCGUGCCAAGGGGUCCGGAGGAAACAAUAUGAGGGACCGUGCCACUAUUAAACGCCUGAACAUGUACAGGCAAAAACAGCGAUGUAACAGCAGAGGGAAGGUGAUCAGGCCCUUACAGUACCAGUCCACUGUGGAUCCAGGCACAGUUGCUCGAGUGGAGCCCAACAUCAAAUGGUUUGCCAACACCCGAGUAAUCAAGCAGUCCUCCCUGCAGAAGUUCCAGGAUGAGAUGGGUGCAGUGGUGAAAGACCCUUACAGGGUGGUGAUGAGACAGAGCAAACUGCCCAUGUCCCUUCUGCACGACCGCGUCAAAGCCCACAACUCCAAGGUUCAUAUCCUGGACACAGAGACGUUUGAAACCACAUUCGGACCCAAGGCUCAGCGUAAAAGGCCUAGCUUAGUGGUGGGGGAUGUGCAAGACCUUUUGGAACAGGCCCAGGCUUCUGCAGAAAGCUACAGUGCCGACAAGGACCGGGAUCUGGUCACAGAGGACAGUGGCAUCAGGAACGAAGCUCGUGAGGAGAUCUUCAAGAAGGGCCAGUCCAAAAGGAUUUGGGGUGAACUUUAUAAGGUGAUCGAUUCCUCGGAUGUCAUCAUUCAGGUUCUGGAUGCUCGUGACCCCAUCGGCACGCGCUCUAAGAACAUCGAGACCUAUCUGAAGAAGGAGAAGCCCUGGAAGCACCUCAUCUUUGUGCUCAACAAGUGCGACCUCAUUCCCACCUGGGUCACGAAACGCUGGGUGGCCUUGCUGUCCCAUGACUACCCCACGCUGGCCUUCCACGCCAGCCUCACCAACUCCUUUGGCAAGGGCUCCCUCAUCCAACUCCUCCGCCAGUUUGGCAAGCUCCACACAGACAAAAAGCAGAUUAGCGUCGGCUUCAUUGGUUACCCUAACGUUGGAAAGAGCUCCAUCAUCAACACCCUGCGCUCCAAAAAAGUGUGCAACGUGGCGCCUCUCGCUGGCGAGACUAAGGUUUGGCAGUACAUUACCCUAAUGAGACGCAUUUUCCUCAUCGACUGUCCAGGUGUUGUGUAUCCCUCAGAGGACAGCGAGUCCGACAUUGUUCUCAAAGGGGUGGUUCAAGUUGAGAAGAUCCGCAACCCAGAAGACCACAUUGGCGCAGUUCUGGAGAGGGCCAAGGCUGAGUACAUCCAGAAGACCUACCGAAUUCCGUCUUGGACAUCCGCCGAGGAUUUCCUGGAAAAGCUCGCAUUCCGCACGGGAAAACUCCUUAAGGGUGGUGAGCCUGACCUUCCCACCGUGUCCAAGAUGGUGCUGAAUGACUGGCAGCGGGGGCGCAUUCCCUUCUUUGUGAAGCCCCCUGGCAUGGACACAGACGACGAGGCGCAUCCCAUGCCCUUGGCAGGCCCUGCUGAAGAAGCCGAGCAGGCUGUGUGUGAGGGGGAGAUGGAGGCCCAGGCCGCAGUGUCAUCCUCUGACCAAGAGGCCCAGGAGCAGCACAAACACAGGCAAGAGCAGGUCGGCAAGAUGCUGUCCAGCAUCCGGCAGAACUUCGGCAAGAUCAACGUGGCACCCGAGUUCACAGAGGAGGACCUUGUGCCUGUCGAGAUGCCUGACCUUGCCGACCUGUCCGGCAGUGAGGGUGGGGACGAUGACGAGGAGGAUGGGGAGGGUAGCGAGGAAGGAGACAAUGGUGAGGACAAGGAAGGAGAGAAGGAGGAUGAAGAGAAACCAACGGAGAAAGCCGGGGGCUCAAAGACCAAGGGUGCACGCGAGGUGAACAAGGAGCUGGAUGAGAAGAUUGCCAAGUUAAAGCAUUUCCUGGACCGGGCAAAGUCCAAGCACUUCUCGGCUAUCCGGAUCCCAAAAGGUCUUUCAGAGAAAGUGUUUGCAGACAUGAAGGCAAAGCAGACAGCAGCUGAUAAAUCUAAACGCACAAAAGGCAUGACGCUGGUGGGCAGAAAGAGGAAGGCUGAGGAUGAUGAAGAGCCAGAGAGGAGACGAAAGAAGCUCACGUCUAAAGAGAAGCGAAGGAUCGACCGCUCCCAGAAGACGAAAAAGGUCGGCGUGCGAUAUUAUGAUACGCACAACGUCAAGAACAAGAACAAGAACAAACAAAUACCCACAGAGGGCAAAAAAGCCAAGCGAUCCAAGCGAUAAGCACUUGGGCUCCUCAAAUCUGCAUCUUUCAAUGGACAUUUUGUGCAAGUGUAUGGCUGGAGGUGGGAAUUUUAUUGGUGUAUUUAAGAGUCUGAUGUGUCUGUCAUUGGAAUAGGCAAAAAAAUGCUUUUUUGAUCACCUUCAUUUACUCACCAUCCUUGGUGAAAGUGAUGGCCUGCUAAUACUUGCUGCUGUCUUAAAACCAACAUUGUUCUGUAUAGAACGUCAGAAUGUUCUUAUCUAAAAUGCAGCCAUUCUGCUGCAUGUCAACCAAUGAUCUGUCAGUGGCUUGUACACUGGAGUGGCUUGUCUCUGCAUCUGUUAAUAAAGAAGCACAGAGGCAACUGA